AUGUCGAUGAGCCCCAAGCAUACUACGCCCUUCUCAGUUUCAGAUAUUUUGAGCCCCAUCGAGGAGAGCUACAAGAAAGUUGGCAUGGACGCAGCGGGUAACCUCGGAGCUCACUUGACAAGUUACCGGCAGCCACAGGUCUCCCAGCCGGGUAUGCAACAACACCCGAUCGGACAUAAUACGUCGGUCCCUGCGGCGACCUACCACAUGUCACACGGGGUACCCCAGCUUUCACACGCUGCUAUGGGAGGCUACUGCAACGGCAAUAUUAGCAAUAUUGGCAACAUGGGCGAGCUUCCUGCUUACCAAGAUACCAUGAGGAACAGUGCAAGUGCGACAGGCUGGUACGGGACGAAUCCGGAUCCACGCUUUUCAUCCAUUUCCCGCUUCAUGACCCCGUCCUCAGGAAUGAACAUGGGUGGAAUGGGCGCUUUGGGUUCUCUUGGAGACGUUGGCAAACCCAUGGCUCCACUCCAGAGUACACCGAGGAGAAAACGCAGAGUGCUUUUCUCGCAAGCCCAGGUUUAUGAGUUAGAGAGGCGCUUCAAGCAGCAGAAAUACCUCUCAGCCCCUGAAAGGGAACAUUUGGCCAGUAUGAUCCAUCUCACGCCCACUCAGGUGAAGAUUUGGUUCCAGAACCACCGCUAUAAGAUGAAGCGACAAGCUAAAGACAAGGCAGCUCAGCAGCACAUGCAGCAGGACAACAGCACUUGCCAACAGCAGCAACAAUCUCCGAGAAGAGUAGCUGUGCCUGUCCUGGUUAAAGAUGGCAAACCAUGUCAAGGAGGUGUCAAUGCCCCAACCACGACCAUGCAGAGCCAGCAACAGCAAUCCACCAACACAUCAAUCACAGUGGCUACCAAUGGCACUGCUCACGGCCCAAGUCAGCAAGCAAAUAACACAGGCCAGACAUCCGAAUUAGGACAAACCUCAGGAAGUCCUUCGUCUAUCCAAAGCCACGUCACUAGUUUGUCUCACCUAAACUCUUCUAGUUCUGAUUAUGGUACAGCCAUGUCAUGCUCUACUUUACUGUAUGGUAGGACCUGGUGA